GAGGGGAGCCCAUUUAGGGGUUAGGAUUUCUGAAGAGGCACGACUUUGGCAUUGCAUUUUGGCGUUUAUUUUCCCUGGUGUGCACUCUUGAAGCUCAGACCUUUCUAGACUUAGUGACUUACUAAAGCUUAGGGGGACUGUGGUACCCGAAGGCGACCAGCUGCCUGACCUAAGAUUUACGAGUGGUUCCAAAGAUGAGACAAGGUCCCAGUGUCUCGGUGACAACAAGGUCUUUGAAGAACGGCCGAGAGCUGCGGUUGGAGAGGGGGAGGAGACCCGUGGCAGGGGCGGCGGGCCCCCGAGUCUCCUCCCGGCAGAAGUUGGGCGCCCGGGGCGCGGGCGGGCAGCCCCGCAGGCCAUCAGAAUGCGGGAGCCGCGCGCUCCGUCCUUGAAGGGCUGCCCGGCUGACCUUGCUAGGCUUUCUCCGGAGAAAUCUCCCCGAGAGCGCGAGGACGCGGCCACGGCGGUGACUCAGUGCCCUGCGCGCCGCAUGCAAAUAACUCCCAUCCAGCCAGCCCAGCUCCGCAGCCGCGGCUUCCCUUCCUGCCUCCUUUUUAAAAUAAAUUCCAAGAUGCAAACCCAGCGCUUUCGGCUCCACCCCUCCCCCUCUCCACCGCCUGCCUGUCGUUAGCCAGGCUGUCCGAGUGUUUUGUCCCCCACCUCCCAUCUGCAGAACUGAAGGCCAACGUUCGUGUUCCCUCGCUGCGGGCCCGGGGAUCAGACGUGGCCCGCCGGGGCCGGGAACCGCGCUGGGCGACCGAUCCGGAGCCCGACCGGAGGGGGCGGUGCGCCGCGCUCCAGGCGCACAGGCGGACCUUGCCGGGACCCCGCUCCCUAUUGGCCGCCACCUCGGCAGGAGGGACCGCCCGAGCUCGGGGCACCUGGCGUCGCCCCUCCGCAGGGAAAUCAGAGGCUGCCGGGCACGGGCGCUCGGAGGCAAAGGUACCCAGAGCGAAGGCCUGGGGCCGCGGUCGACCUCCUUGAGGCGGGCCCUGUUGUGCCAGCCGCCGCGGCGCGUGCGACGUUCGGAUGCCCCUGUGCGGGCUUCACCAGCCGGAAACUUUGCCCCGAGAAGUCCCCCACCCGCCUGACCGCGCCGGGAGGCGCCUGGUGGGCCGCGCGCCCCCGGGGGCCCCGCAGCCUGGCGCGUGAUUGCGGGGGCCCCCAGGCGCCCGGCGCCCGCCGCGCCCCGCCGUGAGCGAGUGGCGGGCAGGAUGCGCUACGCGGACCCCUCGGGGAGCCGGGAUUUGUUAGGGAACCGAACUUUGCUCUUCAUCUUCAUUUGCGUUGCCUUGGUGACCUUGCUGCAACAGAUCUUGUAUGGCAGGAACUACAUCAAGAGAGGCCUCCAGUUUGGUUGGCAGAGUGGCGACCAGCUGGCCAAUUGGACGGGGCUCUUUAAUGUCACGGAUGACCCAGCAGUGCAGAGCGGCAGUGACACCAGCUUCAGGUACUUUGAAUUUUACGAGGGCCCUUUCGAGUACAACUCCACGCGAUGCCUGGAGCUGAGGCACGAGAUCUUGGAAGUGAAGGUGCUCUCCAUGGUGAAGCAGUCGGAGCUGUUCGACAGGUGGAGGAGCCUCCAGAUGUGCAAAUGGGCAUUGAACAUCUCUGAAGCCAACCAGUUCAAGUCCACUCUGUCCAGGUGCUGCAAUGCCCCCUCCUUCCUCUUCACCACCCAGAAGAACACUCCCCUGGGGACGAAGCUCAAGUACGAGGUGGACACCAGCGGCAUCUACCACAUCAACCAGGAGAUCUUCCGCAUGUUCCCCAAGGACAUGCCCUACUACCGGUCCCAGUUUAAGAAGUGUGCGGUGGUGGGCAACGGCGGCAUCCUUAAGAACAGCCGCUGCGGGAGGGAGAUCAACAGCGCCGACUUCGUCUUUCGGUGCAACCUACCCCCCAUCUCUGAGAAGUACACCAUGGAUGUAGGGGUGAAGACGGACGUGGUCACCGUGAACCCCAGCAUCAUCACAGAGAGGUUCCACAAGCUGGAGAAGUGGCGGCGGCCCUUCUACCGCGUGCUGCAGGUGUACGAGAACGCGUCGGUGCUGCUGCCCGCCUUCUACAACACGCGCAACACCGACGUGUCCAUCCGCGUCAAGUACGUGCUGGACGACUUCGAGUCGCCGCAGGCCGUCUACUACUUCCACCCGCAGUACCUGGUCAACGUGUCGCGCUACUGGCUCAGCCUGGGGGUGCGCGCCAAGCGCAUCAGCACCGGCCUCAUCCUGGCCACCGCGGCGCUCGAGCUCUGCGAGGAGGUGCACCUGUUCGGCUUCUGGGCCUUCCCCAUGAACCCCUCGGGCCUCUACAUCACCCACCACUACUACGACAACGUGAAGCCCCGCCCGGGCUUCCACGCCAUGCCCUCCGAGAUCUUCAACUUCCUGCACCUGCACAGCCGCGGCAUCCUGCGUGUGCACACGGGCACCUGCAGCUGCUGCUGAGGGCGCCGCAGGCUGCCCGCCCGCCCGCCCGGCGAACGGAACCUCGCUCCUCGCCCACCUGCCCGCAGGGCAGGGCCAGGGCCUGGGCCUGGCGCUAAGGCUGGCGCUUCCCCGGACACUCAGCUUCGGGCGGGGAGGCAGGGAUGGGGGCGGAGCGGAGUCAGCUUCUUGCUGAGAGGCCGCCCUGCCGGUGGGUAGCAUGUUCCUGGGUCGCACCUCGAGAUCGGGCCCUGGGGAUUGCAAGUGAAUCAAGCACAUUGACGCUCAGUUUUGGCAUCUGAAUGAACACAAACUGUAGUGGCCUCUUUGCAGUUAAAGGAAGGCGCUACGCAGAACGGAAAAGAGAACAGACGUGUGAGCACGGUUAAGAUUUAAUCCAGACUUUGGGGUUCCUGAGUCUUCUGCCAUGAAUUGCUGUCUAGAACCUCAGAGCCAGCCCAGCAGUCAGACCUUCCCCUGAAGACAGUGGCUCAGAGAAGUCCGGGAACUUUCGACCAAGGCUCCAUCAACCCACUGAGUCCAUUAAGUGAUGCUGUGAGAUCUGAUAUAAGGCCUGCGUGUUAGGACCUUCGCUGAGACCCCAUCAGCCGAGGAGAGCCCCGCCCUUUCAAACACAUCCUCACACACACAUGCGCACACACACGUCUUGGUGCCUCCAGGUUCAGCCCUAUGUUUGAGCUUUUGAUGAGAAGGAAAUAAACCAGACCAGCCAUUUGCACUAAGAUUUUCGAGCCAGUGUUACCAACUCAAUAAGUGCUUAGCGACUUGCUUCCUCUUCUGUCUCCUUAUUUUCAGCUCUGUUCUAACCAGGAGUUAUUUAUAAGAGCCAUCCCUCUGUGUGUUCCUGAAUACCGCAGAAUCCUGCUGUAUCGUGUUCCUGAACUGGAACCUUAAGGCUCUGGAUUGGAAAGCGCUGAUGUGUGACUGGCGAGCUUGGCAAAUGAAGGUGAGCCCUGGCCUCCGACACCAGCAUCACUGAGGUUCUGCUGGAAAGGAGGGACUUCCCAGCCUGGUGGCCUUCACACGCAUGGACCCACGGGGCCUGAGCUUUGGGAAGUUAACUGUGCCUGGGCUGAAAGGGGUUCACGUGUCAUUUCAUGUCCCUUUGCUUCCCCUGUGGAAUAUCCACCAGGAAUGUGGCUGUGCUUCAUACACACUGUUGGUGAACUGCCUUAGAACUUAGCUUUGUGGAGUCGUAGAUCAUUGCUGGCGGUGAUCUCAGCCUCUCUUCUCCCUCCCCUUCCCUCUCCCUCCCUUCCUCCUUUCUCCCUUCCCUCCCAUAAACAUUUCCAGGAACCAUUUCUGCUCUGGUUUGGGGCUGGGCUUGGGAAGAUCUGAUGACAGAUAAAGGCAGUACCUCUGUCUUCUGAGAGUGGAGGGCAGGCUGUAGACAAAUUCUGGCCCCGCGUGCUGGGUUCUCUGAGAAGGAGGAGGAGGAGCUGAGACAGCCCAGCAGGGAGUGGGACCUUUCGUCUGAUCACCUCAUUUUACAGGCAGAGCAACAGGCCCAGCCAGCGAGAGACAGGAGGGCGCAAGCCCUGUCUUGGGCCUCCUGACUCCCCAUC